UAUUAUUAACCGUUCUUUAUUCUUUAGCAUUUAGCAGGGCAGACGAGAUUGACGAUGUCUUCUCCAAAGAGCAAGAGCAUUGUAAGGAUGAUUAUGUUGAGGAGUUCCGACGGAGAGAUGUUCGAAGUGGAGGAAACGGUCGCCCUUGAGAUGCAUACUAUCAAGUGCAUGAUUGAUGAUGAAUGCGUUGAUAAUACUAUCCCCAUCACCAACAUUACUAGCAAGAUUUUGGCUAUGGUUAUAGAGUAUUGCAAAUACCAUGUUGAAGCCGCGGCAGAGGCCAAGACCAAUCCCGAAGACGCACCCGCCAAGGAUACCAAGGAAUUCGACGCUAAUUUCAUUAAAGUUGAUCACAAUACACUGUUUGAUCUCAUCAUGGCGGCUAAUUUCCUCAACAUUAAGAGCCUGCUUGAUCUUACCACUCAAGCUGUUGCAGAUAUGAUCAAGGACAUGUCACCCGAGGAGGUCCGCAAAAUUUUCAACAUUCAGAAUGACUUCACACCUGAGGAAGAAGAACAAAUCCGUAAGGAGAAUGCGUGGGCGUUUGAGUAAAAUUUUGGAAUUGUUAAAUUCGUAUCUAUUUUGGUCUUAGAUAUUUCGUGUUCUAGGUUUAGCUUAGUACUCUAUCUUAUAGUCCAGCCGUUGGUCUUAGAUAUUUCGUGUUCUAGGUUUAGCUUAGUACUCUAUCUUAUAGUCCAGCCGAUGAGGAAAUUAAUAAAUUGA